CGUGACCUCUGAGAUUUUUCAGUCGAAGUGUUUUGAAGACAGGAAGAACAGUUUGUGUUAGAUCGGGACUGACUAAUGCGAACAUAAACUACUAAAGAAAGAGCAAAGAGCUUGAAAGAAACGGUAAGAAAAAUAAAGCGAAAAAACCGAAAUCGGAGAUGGAAGAAUUUAUUUACAGAAUACUACAUGUUUAUGUUGAGUACAUGGCAAAUACUGGAAUAAGAGUAAGAUACUGAGCGAAAAUGAAUUGUUAGAAGAAAAAUGGAUUUGGAUGCCCACGGCAACAACACCCAAGAAUUCUGUGAUAUUCAGUACAAACAUUUUGUUGCACCAUAUGGAGAAUUCUGGUGCAAUCCAGUAUGGGAUUCGUACCUCUGUUGGCCGCCAACAAAAGCUUCUACCACAGCGAAACAACGAUGCCCUUUUGUGGACGGAUUCGAUACGAUUAAAUCCGUGGAGAAGAAAUGCGGUUACAAUGGACGUUGGGAGUCGCAGAAUGGCACAAGUACAAACGAGGAUUCAUUCAUUGGUUGGGCGAACUACACUACUUGCUUAACGCCAGAAAUGCUGUGGCUUCACUAUAGAGUCUUCAACAAUAAUCUCGAGGGAGAGAUGAUAAUGGAUAUAGCCGAGAAGACUCGUACCCUGGAGUUUGUUGGCCUUAGUAUUUCCCUGGUGGCUUUGCUUGCUUCCUUACUGAUUUUCUGUCGAUUUAGGUCGUUACGCAAUACAAGGACCAGGAUUCACAAAAAUCUCUUUGUUGCCAUGGUUGUGCAAGUGCUAAUCAGGUUAAUGCUAUACAUAGACCUCGCGAUCUUUCGAAGGAAACCGCAUGGCGUACAACGAGGAAUAGGAAAUACCCCAGUACUAUGCGAAGCCACUUACGUGCUGUUGGAAUACGUCAAAACCGCGAUGUUUAUGUGGAUGUUCAUAGAGGGUCUGUUUCUGCACAACAUAGUGACUGUGACGAUUUUCCAAGAGGCAUCUUAUUAUCGAAUAUAUCGCUUCAUUGGAUGGGGAUGUCCAGUGUUAAUGACCUUGGUUUGGGCUACCAUUAUGGCAUUUUAUUAUCAUCCAAAAUCAAAAUUUCCCAGGUGCUGGUCAGGAUAUAACUUGUCAUCUUAUUUUUGGAUCCUUGAAGGGCCCAGAUUUGCGGUCAUAUUGCUUAAUUUCUUGUUUUUGCUGAAUAUCAUAAGAGUGCUCGUAGUGAAGUUGCGGCAAAGUCACACAAGCGAAAUUGAACAAGUUCUGAAAGCCGUAAAAGCAGCCGUCGUACUUCUACCAUUAUUAGGCAUCACUAAUAUUCUCUUUAUAAUUGAUGCCCCAUUGGAUAAUGUAAACAGAUUCGCGGUGUGGUCAUACUCAACGCAUUUUUUGCGAUCAUUUCAGGGCCUCUUCAUUGCAACCCUUUAUUGCUUCCUCAAUGGCGAGGUAAGACUCGUUUUGAAUAAAACUAUCGCCGCUUAUCUUUCCUCGAGAGGAGGUGAUAUGCAGAAUAAAAGACAGUCGCCCUUUAACAGUUGUCAGCCGCCUCAAAUAACUUCGAUGGUGAACGAGAUAGAGGAAGAAGAGGUGAAGUCCACCGGAUUAGUAAACCUGUGUUGUCGUGGUGAGAACAUCCUACCGGAUCGAUCUGUCGAAACAAGGACAAAGAGAAGAGAAGAUUGAAUGCGCAUUUUCUUGAGGACGAUCAUCUAGCAAUUAUGCGAAUUCCUAAGCGUCCUCGCAAUAAAAUAAUUCCCUGAAUUGUGGAGCUGCUGAUGUUAUGUUCGGAUUUCCAGUUCGAAGAAAAUGGGGUUUCACACAGAUCAAUGCGCAUCACAUCGCAAUGAUUUAUUUUCUUAAACAUUUAUUUAUAGGAAAGAAAGCUUGACAACAAAUUA